AUGGCGGCGCCAGAGGAGCAGGAAUUAUCUCAGGCUCAAACUGAGAAACUCCUCCAGUUUCAGGACCUAACAGGACUGGAGUCAAUGGACCAAUGCCGGCGCACGUUAGAACAGCACAACUGGAACAUCGAGGCUGCAGUACAAGACAGACUAAAUGAGCAGGAAGGAGUUCCGAGUGUGUUUAACCCGCCACCUGCCAGACCUUUGCAGGUCAACACAGGAGACCACAGAGUGUAUAGCUAUAUUGUCUCAAGGCCUCAGCCUAGAGGCUUAUUAGGUUGGAGUUACUAUUUGAUAAUGCUCCCAUUCAGGUUUACAUAUUACACACUUAUGGACAUAUUCAGGUUUGCCCUGAGAUUUAUCAGGCCAGAUCCACGGGGUCGCGUCACGGACCCCGUCGGUGACGUCGUGUCCUUUAUUCGUAGUUUCGAGGAGAAAUACGGACGGUCGCAUCCCGUUUUCUACCAGGGAACGUAUAGUCAGGCUCUGAACGAUGCCAAGCGGGAACUCCGCUACUUGUUAGUUUACCUUCAUGGUGAAGACCACCAGGACACUGAUGAGUUCUGCAGAAACACGUUAAGUAGUGAAGAGGUACUGACCUUUAUCAACACCCGGAUGCUGUUCUGGGCAUGCUCCACUAGCAGGCCUGAAGGAUACAGAGUGUCUCAGGCUCUGCGGGAGAACACGUAUCCCUUCCUGGCCAUGAUCAUGCUGAAGGAUCGCAAGAUGACUGUGGUGGGGAGGCUGGAGGGCCUGAUCCAACCCGAGGAUCUCAUCAACCAACUCAACUUCAUCAUGGAGGCCAAUCAGACUUACCUGAUGUCCGAAAGGCUCGAAAGGGAAGAGCGGAACCAGACGCAGGUGCUGCGGCAGCAGCAGGACGAGGCGUACCUGGUCUCUCUGCGCGCCGAUCAGGAGAAGGAACGCAAAAAAAAGGAGGAGCAGGAGCAAAGACGGCAGGAGGAAGAGGCGGAACGCCAGACCCGCCUAGCCGAGGAGCGGAGGCAGAGGACACUCGCUGAAGAAAAAGAGCGCAAGUCCGAGUGUCUUCCCCCCGAGCCGCCACAGGACGACCCGGACUGCCUGGAAAUCAUGUUCAAGCUCCCCAAUGACACACGCGUAAAGCGACGCUUCCUCUUUUCCCAGUCUCUGACGGUAAUCCACGACUUCCUGUUUUCCUUGAAAGAGACGCCGGAGAAAUUCCAGAUCGUGACGAGCUUCCCGCGCCGCGUGCUGCCAUGUUUGCCUACAGAGGAGCAGCCGAACCCUCCGACGCUUAGGGAGGCCGGCCUGAGCCGCUCCGAGGUGCUCUUUGUGCAGGACAUCACAGACGAUUGACAUUGACAUUCAACCCAGAAACAAACCCCCCCCCCCCCCCCCCACCUUACUUUCACAUGAUCGCACUCUGCCCUUUUGUUCGGCUCUGUGAAACGACUGCUGUGUGCAACAGGUCGCCGUAUCUACCUUUUGAUUAAAUUAAGGAUCUGCCCUUACCCACCCUCCUCACAGGUAACGUUUUAUGUAAGUGGAAGAUGAACAGCUUUGUAAAUACGACCUAGAUAUUUAAAGACAAGCGUGAAUAUAAUAGCCCAACCUUUUUGUUUUUGUUUGUUUGUUUGUUUGUUUUUUUUAAAGCGAAUCAAAGUUGACCAGCUAACAUACAAUGACUAUAUGAGGGUCGACAAAAGUUUUUGACUCAUAACAUUAAAUUCAUCUGGAGGGGGCGGAGCCACAGCUUUGCUCUGGCCAUGUACGUUAUAGUAGUAAAGUCUGCCCAUAGUGUGCCUGUGGUCAUUCAUAAACACCUCCAGUCUUUCAUCUGAACGGGGCUGUCCGUGUAAAGAUGUAAUUUUCCUAUUCUAAAUUAAACAUUUUAAAACCGU